AUGGUAUGCUUUAAAGUCCUGGGGAACCUCACCGUGGUGACAGAGUUCCUGCUCACCGGCUUUUCUGAGGCCCCCGAGCUGCAGCUCCUGCACGCCGGGCUGUUUCUGCUGGUUUACCUGGCGGCGCUGGCAGGGAACCUGCUCAUCGUGACGGCCGUCACUUUCGAUCGGCAUCUGCGGUCACCCAUGUACUACUUCCUGCAGCACCUCUCCUCCCUGGACUUGUGCUACAUCUCUGUCACGGUGCCCAAGGCGAUCCACAGCUCCCUGACCCACAGCACCGCCAUCUCGUAUCUGGGUUGUGUGGCCCAGGUCUACUUCUUCUUUGCUUUCGCCUCCGCUGAGCUGGCCUUCCUCACUGUCAUGUCUUACGACCGCUACCUGGCCAUCUGCCACCCGCUCCUGUAUGGUGCUGAGAUGACACCAGAAAGAUGCCACCAGAUGGCAGCUGUCGCCUGGCUGAGCUGCUUUUCCUACGCCUCAGUCCACACUGGCAACAUGUUUUGGGAGCCUGUUCGUCGAUCCAAUACCAUCCACCAGUUCUUCUGCGACAUCCCUCACGUGCUGGCCCUGGUUUCCUGUGAGGUGUUCUUGGUAGAAUUCGUGGCGCUGGCUUUGAGCUCGUGCCUGGUGCUGGGCUGCUCUGUUCUCAUGGUCGUCUCCUACGUCCGCAUCUUCUCAGCCGUGCUCCGGCUGCCGUCGGGGGCAGGCCGGGCCAAAGCCCUGUCCACCUGCUCCCCGCAGCUCGCCAUCACCCUGCUCUUCCUCGUCACAGGGCUCUUCGCCGCCUUGGGGCCGACCGCAGAGCCCUCCUCUACUCAAGACCUGGCGGUCGCUCUGGCCUACACGGUGUUGCCUCCUUGCCUGAACCCCAUCAUCUACAGCCUCAGAAGCAAGGAGAUCAAAGCCGCCGUGCGGAGGUUGGUGGGCAGGGUGCGGGCUGCAUGA